CGUACGGACAGCAUUUGAAUUCGCUCGAGAUGGCAAGAACCAAGCAGACCGCUCGCAAAUCUACCGGAGGCAAGGCCCCGCGUAAGCAGUUGGCGACGAAGGCAGCCCGUAAAAGCGCGCCCGCAACCGGUGGUGUCAAGAAGCCGCAUCGUUAUCGUCCUGGAACCGUCGCUCUUCGUGAGAUCCGUCGCUACCAGAAGAGCACCGAGCUUCUGAUCCGCAAGCUCCCGUUCCAGCGGCUGGUUCGUGAAAUCGCUCAGGACUUCAAGACCGACCUCCGCUUCCAGAGCUCGGCCGUUAUGGCUCUGCAGGAGGCGAGCGAGGCCUACCUCGUCGGCCUGUUCGAGGACACCAACCUUUGCGCGAUUCACGCCAAGAGGGUUACCAUCAUGCCCAAGGACAUCCAAUUGGCCCGCAGAAUUCGUGGGGAACGUGCCUAA